CGGAGCGCGCGCCGAUUGAGGGGCGCUGACGUCGGGCUCAGGUGCGCGCGCCCGUCCGCGCGUGGCCCAGGUGGCGGCUAGCAGCUCUAGGUGGCGACCCGCGGCGGAGAGGGGGCGACCCACGGCGCGAACCCAAGCUGUCCCGGGCCGCGGCGGGAGGACGAGAGCCCGCGCUUCCCGAGGAGCUGUGCCCGCCUCGCCACCGCGCCCGGGAGGAUGGAGGGCUGCCCCCGAGGCCCCAGCGCGACCCGCGAUCCCACGCUGGCCGGCCCUCGCUAGCUGCUUCGGUUGUGCGUUUUAUCCACCACCCAGGCCUUGUCUCCUGAAUCUGUGGCGUCGUGAUUCUAAAGAAAUGGAAGAAAAGGAACGAUGUGACCGAUUGUUUUUGGUCUUCCUGCUUUGAGGCCUGGUGGCAUUUUCAGGGAGGAAAGAAAAUACCGCAAGGAAAUAGUGUCUUUUAGGAGCAGGGAGGAAGGGGAGGGUGGGAAAAGGGCAACGGAUCUUACAUUUUAUAUGAGUUUUUAAAAAUUCUGCACUUUGACAGUGAUGGUGAAAUAAACUAAUCCAAAAGCUAUUUUUCUAUUGAGAAGAGAGAAGAGGUGGCUUUUCCCCACUUUUGAUUUCAACCUUUUCUCCCAGUGUCAAAGCAUAAAUGAUGGACACCAGAGAAUAAAGUGGACCUCAGGAAUCCUGAAAAGACUGAGAAGUUUACAUCUUCCUCAGGAGGGAAGAGUGGGUGUUUUCAACCCUCUUUGGAACCUCAAACGAAAAACAUGAGUUGCAUGCCAUGGAAAGGAGACAAGGCCAAAUCUGAAUCCUUGGAGCUGCCCCAGGCAGCACCCCCACAAAUCUACCAUGAGAAACAACGCAGGGAGCUUUGUGCCCUCCAUGCCCUCAAUAAUGUCUUCCAGGACAGCAACGCCUUCACGCGGGAAACGCUGCAAGAGAUUUUCCAGAGGUUGUCUCCAAACACCAUGGUGACACCCCACAAGAAGAGCAUGCUGGGAAAUGGGAAUUAUGAUGUGAACGUCAUUAUGGCGGCUCUUCAGACCAAAGGCUAUGAAGCUGUUUGGUGGGACAAGCGCAGGGAUGUUGGUGUUAUUGCUCUCACGAAUGUCAUGGGGUUCAUCAUGAAUCUGCCCUCCAGCCUGUGCUGGGGUCCACUCAAGUUGCCUCUCAAAAGGCAGCACUGGAUCUGUGUUCGAGAGGUGGGCGGGGCCUACUACAACCUGGACUCCAAGCUCAAGAUGCCUGAGUGGAUUGGAGGCGAGAGCGAGCUCAGGAAAUUUCUAAAACAUCAUUUGCGAGGAAAGAACUGUGAACUCCUGCUGGUGGUAGCGGAGGAGGUGGAGGCCCAUCAGAGUUGGAGAGCUGACGUGUAGCGCCGCUAGGUCCAACCCGCCCCUGCCUCGGUCCUCGAGCCCUCGUGAUGCGCUGUGGCCUCUGCAGUGGGUCCGCCCGGCCACCUCCCCAAACAUCUCAUCGGGUUUCCCCUUCAGACUUGCCAGUGCAAUAGGACGGAUGUGUGGACUGUUACAAGAACCCCCAGCAUUGUCUGUGCCUGGGGAAGGCAGGCGGGAGCUCUGAGGGCUUAGGGCAAGCCACUGAAGGCCUUCGUUUUAUUUUGGAGAAGAGAAGGAAAGGUGGGUCCGAGCUUAUUUUCCCCUUUCUAUGAGGACCUGACACAGGUUUUCUUGGAGUCCUCACUGCUGCUCCAGGCUCACCAGAGAUGCUGCCUCCACUUUCGUCUCCUGUGGCGCCCGUGUCUGAAGACGUAGUACACGCAAAGCCCAGUGACUGACUGAAGAACCCAGAGCAUAAGCGUCUCUCAGGAAACCAUCUCCAGAACCCCAGCAGCAGUGCUGCGUGCUGUCUGCAGUCCUAAUGCCACCCCUCCCCCCACUUUUGAGGGUGGUUUAUGGACAGCCUUGGAGUUUUAUAAUGAAAACUUCUUGAAUAUCCCAAGCCAGGUGGUUGAGUCCCCCAAGUCUAGCAAGACAGUGGUAAGAUAGACAUCUAAGAGGAUGUGGCUAAGCCAAACUGGGAAAAGCAUGGGGUGGCUUUCUUCACUCCAGUUUUGUCCCCACCAUUUCACUACAUUGAUUUAGGAAGCUCUGGGGCAAAACAUAAGGAAAAGGGGCAGUUUCCCCAGUUGGCCCACUCUGGCAAAAUCAGAAGAAACAUCUACCCUUGACAGGUUGGGUCAGCCAAAAUCACGUGAAGAGUUUAAGAGCAGCUGGAAUUGGUAGCUGGCCUGGGCUUGAAGCCUGUCACUGUAGUGACAAGCAACAGCCCUCAAAUUAGGUGGUCAUGUGCAUUUUGUUAUAGGACCUAGGUUUGUCAUCUUCUUGUAGUUUCCUUUAAAAAUCAGAGGAUUGACCUGCCUCCUACCUCUUGAAAUAGUUGUAGGCUACUUUUCUCUUGUAACUUUGGAAAACAAGAGGGGAAAUAAAUAAUACCACACGUGUCACCAAAGUGGCUGUGGUUGCCUCAAGACAGGAGGGCAGGCAGGGGUAACCUGGCCAGUUCUUACUGAUCACUGGUCUUGGCAGGUCUGAGAGCUGCCCCAUUGGCCAGACUUCUCUCCACCAGGAGAGCCAGCCUGGGGCUUGCAUGUGGAUCCUAAGCAAGUGUAAUGGGGAGGCUGAGGCACUCUCCCCACUGUGACUGGAGUGCAUGUUUACACCAGCACUUUUUCUGCACAUGUAUCUUCAAUCCAACAAGGCCGUUUUUUAAGCCAAGAAAGAGGCCCCAAGCCGCUACUGCACAUUAUGCCCUCAACAACUGGCCGUGGUCUCUUCUGCACCAUUUUCUACACCAGACCUGCUUGGCACCACAGGGAGCUCUCUACCCCUGCACAAUGACAUUCCAGCUAACACCAGCCAGAAGUUACAGCCAAUCUUGCUGAUUAAUCGUCACAAGCAGGACCUUGGGGUCCAUUGGCACUGUUGGUGAUUGUAAGCCAUUUCCUGGGAAGAGGAAAAAACUUCCCACAAAUCUGCUUGGGCCUGUGCAAAUGGCACUUCAAAGGAGUCCCAUGCACACGGAGUCCAUGAGCCAAUGGGAUAUGCAAAGACGCUUCGACUUUUCAGGGCUGGUUUCUCUGUUCAUAUCCAAUUCUGGUGCUUAGGAACAGGGACCCAUGCUGAUGCCCAAGGGCAAAAAGCCCCACUUCUUUUAAAGAAGGGAGCAGGCCUGACCCUGAUGCCCCACAAGGGGCAACCCUAGGCUUUUUCUUGCUUUUAUUCCCCCCUUUAUUUUUUCUGUUGGCCUUGUGCUGGGUUUGUUUACAAAAGAUGUAUUUUGUUUAACCAAAUAUUAAAAACAGUAAACUCCA